AUGUUCCAACUUCCUGUCAACAAUCUUGGCAGUUUAAGAAAAGCCCGGAAAACUGUGAAAAAAAUACUUAGUGACAUUGGGUUGGAAUACUGUAAAGAACAUAUAGAAGAUUUUAAACAGUUUGAACCUAAUGAUUUUUAUUUGAAAAACACUACGUGGGAGGAUGUAGGAUUGUGGGACCCUUCACUUACAAAAAACCAGGACUAUCGGACAAAACCUUUUUGCUGCAGCGCUUGUCCAUUCUCUUCAAAAUUCUUCUCUGCCUACAAAAGUCAUUUCCGGAAUGUCCAUAGUGAAGACUUUGAAAAUAGGAUCCUUCUUAAUUGUCCCUACUGUACCUUCAAUGCAGACAAAAAGACUUUGGAAACACACAUUAAAAUAUUUCAUGCUCCAAAUGCCAGCGCACCAAGUAGCAGCCUCAGCACUUUCAAAGAUAAAAACAAAAAUGAUGGCCUUAAACCUAAGCAGGCUGACAGCAUAGAGCAAGCUGUUUAUUACUGUAAGAAGUGCACUUACUGAGACCCCCUUUAUGAAAUAGUUAGGAAGCACAUUUACAGGGAACAUUUUCAACACGUGGCAGCACCUUACAUAGCAAAGGCAGGUGAAAAAUCACUCAACGGUGCAGUCCCCUUGGGCUCUAAUGCCCGCGAAGAGGGCAGUAUUCACUGCAAGCGAUGCCUUUUCAUGCCCAAGUCCUAUGAAGCUUUGGUCCAACACGUCAUUGAAGACCACGAACGCAUAGGCUAUCAGGUCACUGCCAUGAUUGGGCACACAAACGUGGUGGUUCCCCGAUCUAAGCCUCUGAUGCUCAUUGCCCCCAAACCUCAAGAAAAGAAGGGCCUGGGACUUCCACCAAGAAUUGGUUCCCUCGCUUCUGGAAAUGUCCGAUCUUUACCGUCACAGCAGAUGGUGAAUAGACUCUCAAUACCAAAGCCUAACUUGAAUUCUACAGGCGUCAACAUGAUGUCCAGUGUUCACCUCCAGCAGAACAACUAUGGAGUCAAAUCUGUAGGUCAGGUCUAUGGCGUGGGUCAGUCAAUGAGACUGGGUCUAGGUGGCAAUGCACCAGUGUCCAUUCCUCAGCAGUCUCGGUCUGUAAAGCAGUUACUUCCCUGUGGGAAUGGAAGAUCUUACGGGCUUGGAUCAGAGCAGAGGUCCCAGGCACCAGCAAGAUACUCUCUUCAGUCUUCUAAUUCCCCUUCUCUCUCAUCAGGCCAGUUAAAGUCUCCUCCCCUUCCCCAGUCACAGGCACCCAGAGUGUUAGGUCAGUCCAGUUCCAAACCCACCACGGCUGCCACUGGCCCGCCCCCAGCCAAUACUUCCUCAACCCAAAAAUGGAAAAUAUGUACAAUCUGCAACGAGCUCUUUCCUGAAAAUGUCUAUAGUGUGCACUUCGAAAAAGAACAUAAAGCUGAAAAGGUCCCAGCCGUAGCUAACUACAUUAUGAAAAUACACAAUUUUACUAGCAAAUGUCUCUACUGUAAUCGUUAUUUGCCCACAGAUACCUUGCUCAACCACAUGUUAAUUCAUGGUCUGUCUUGUCCAUACUGCCGUUCAACUUUCAAUGAUGUAGAAAAGAUGGCGGCUCACAUGCGGAUGGUUCACAUUGACGAAGAGAUGGGACCGAAAACGGAUUCGACUUUAAGUUUUGAUUUGACAUUGCAGCAGGGUAGUCACACUAACAUCCAUCUCCUCGUAACUACGUACAACCUGAGAGAUGCCCCAGCUGAAUCUGUUGCUUACCAUGCCCAGAACACUCCUCCAGUCCCCCCAAAGCCUCAGCCAAAAGUUCAGGAAAAAGCAGAUGUUCCUGUCAAAAGUUCACCUCAAGCUGCAGUGCCCUAUAAAAAAGAUGUUGGCAAAACCCUCUGCCCGCUUUGCUUUUCAAUCCUGAAAGGACCCAUAUCUGACGCACUUGCCCAUCAUUUACGAGAGACACACCAAGUUAUUCAGACAGUUCAUCCAGUGGAGAAAAAGCUCACCUACAAAUGCAUCCAUUGCCUUGGUGUGUACACCAGCAACAUGACCGCCUCUACCAUCACACUGCAUCUGGUUCACUGCAGGGGUGUUGGCAAGACCCAGAAUGGCCAGGAGAAGACCACCGCACCCUCUCGGCUUAACCAGUCUCCCGGCUUGGCACCUGUGAAGCGUACUUACGAGCAAAUGGAGUUUCCCCUGCUGAAAAAGCGGAAGCUGGAUGAGGAUGUGGACUCCCCUGCCUUCUUUGAAGAAAAGCCUGAGGAGCCAGUUGUUUUGGCGUUAGACCCGAAGGGUCACGAGGAUGAUUCCUAUGAAGCCAGGAAAAGCUUCCUAACAAAGUAUUUCAACAAACAGCCCUAUCCCACUAGGAGAGAAAUUGAGAAGCUGGCGGCCAGUUUAUGGUUAUGGAAGAGUGACAUUGCUUCCCAUUUUAGUAACAAAAGAAAGAAGUGUGUCCGAGAUUGUGAAAAGUACAAGCCUGGUGUCUUGCUGGGCUUUAAUAUGAAAGAAUUAAACAAAGUCAAGCACGAGAUGGAUUUUGAUGCAGAGUGGCUGUUUGAAAAUCAUGAUGAGAAAGAUUCCAGAGUCAAUGCUAGUAAAACUGCUGACAAAAAGCUCAGCCUUGGGAAGGAAGAGGACAGUUCCUCAGACAGUUUUGAAAAUUUAGAGGAAGAAUCCAAUGGAAGCGGUAGCCCUUUUGACCCUGUUUUUGAAGUUGAGCCUAAGCUUCCCAAUGAUAACCCAGAGGGACACAGAGCGAAGGUAAUUCCUGAGGAGGCUUUAGAAGCUGAGGAGAAGCUCGACCAAAAAGAAGAGAAUAGUUCAAAAUACGAAACUCUUCAUUUGACUGAGGAGCCAGCCAAACUCGUGCAUGAUUCUUCGGAUAGUGAGGUUGACCAGGAUGACGUCGUCGAGUGGAAAGAUGGACCCUCUCCCUCUGAAAGCGGACCUGGUUCCCAGCAAGUGUCAGACUUUGAGGACAACACUUGUGAAAUGAAACCAGGCACCUGGUCUGAUGAGUCUUCCCAGAGUGAAGAUGCAAGGAGCAGUAAGCCGGCUGCCAAAAAAAAGGCUCCCGUGCAGGGUGACAGAGAGCAGGUGAAGUGGAAGAAUAGUUCCUAUGGAAAAGUUGAAGGGUUUUGGUCCAAGGACCAGUCACAGUGGAAAAAUGCAUCUGAAAAUGAUGAGCGCUUGCCCACCCCACAGAUUGAGUGGCAGAAUAGCACAGUAGACAGUGAGGACGGAGAGCAGUUUGACAGCAUGACGGAUGGGGUAGCCGAGCCGAUGCAUGGCAGCUUGACCGGAGUCAAACUGAGCAGCCAACAGGCCUAG